CAGCUGCUGCCUGUCCUGCGUCUGCUUUCUGUCCCGUUCUUCCUGUCUGCAGCCACUUCUCUCCUCAUAGGCUCGAGCCAGCACCCCAUGCGCACACAGAACACACACACACACACACAAACACACGUGCGUGCCUACAUCCACCAGACCAGCUAUGGCAGACAACACUGGAGGGCAGACUGCUGGUCCAGUUCCGGUACAAACGGCGGAGAAAAAGGUGGAGAUGAAAAGUGAAAAGGACAAAAAGCCAGACCAGGCAGGAGCUGAGGGGGCAGUAAAUGGAGCAGCAGAUGGAGCAGUGAAUGGACCAGCAGAUGAAGGAGCAGUGGAGAAUGGGGAGUUUCUGCUGGAGCCCUUUGACCUGCCUCCACUUGAAGUCAUCGCUGGGGUGAGGAUAGACCCUUUCUCCUUCAAGUUCCAGUUCAGGAACGUGGAGUACUCGUCCGGCCGGGGCAAGAUCUUCCUGUGCUACAUGGUGGACUCCGAGGGCAACGACAGCCGCGGGCUGCGGGGGUGCCUGGAGGCGGAGCACCUGGGCCCGCACCCGGAGGAGGCCUUCUUCCAGCGGGUGCUGCCCGAGUACGACCCCAAGGUCAAGUACCUGGUCACGUGGUACGUGUCGUCCAGCCCCUGCACGGAGUGCGCCGCCAAGCUGAUCGAGAUCCUGCGGGCGCGCCCAACCCUGCGCCUGGUCAUCUACUGCUCCCGCGUCUUCCUGUGGGAGGAGCCGGAGAUCCAGCAGGCCCUCAGGGCCCUGGCCGGGGCCGGCUGCAAGCUGCGUAUGAUGAAGCCCGCCGACUUCCUCUACAUCUGGGACGCCUACGUGGAAAACGAGGGCAAGGCCCUCGACCUCUGGGAGGACUGCCAGGACAACUACGAGUACUACGAGACCAGGCUGGCGGACAUUCUGCCCUGAGGCUUUGUCUUUCUCAGGGCUCGGGAAUCCCAGCGCACCAGAAGAAUCUCCGUGGUGCCACCUUUCCCCCCUGUGUUUUCGCUGGGCCCGUCGCUCCUCCUAAAUCUGUUCCCCCUGACUGGUGACCUGUCCGGACUCGCUCGCCCAGGGGAUUUUCCGGUGCCCUUGCCCAGGAGAUUUUCCGAGCUCAGCAGUGGAGCCUCCUAUUGUGGCGGGAGUUUAUCGCUCAACAGUGCCAACUUACGCUCCAGGAAUAAUUCGGCAUUUGCGAUCUGGGCUUCUCCAGCGGCUGUACAUAGAAUCCGACACUGAUCACACUAAAAAGGAACUCGGAAUAUCAGCAAAAAAUAAAUAAAUAAAUAAAUAAAAAAAGAAAGAACAUCAGAAAUUCCCUUACUUUUUCUAAUCUUGGCUGUGCUUUUAAAGCCCGUCACUUUAUGUGCCAAGAACCUUGUUUUUUCACAUUUUGUGAAUUCUUUAAAGCUAUAAUCUCAGAAUUGGACAGUAGUGUAUCUGUCUAGCUUGUGCAAGUUAAUUUUAGUAGCAAGACUAUAUUAUUUUGUCUCACAUCAGUCAAAAGCAAAAGCCGAGAAUGCACUUUUUAAAUGGCAAAUUACAAUUAACAAGUGACAACUGCUGUGUCACGAAGUAUAUUCUUCAAAGAUUAAAUGUGCAAUAAAUCAGAUAUUGUAUACCACAUGCACAUUUUAUUUCUUAAAAUCAAGCUGAGUAAAUAUCGGAUUAUAGUUUAUAGUCAUGUUUUAUAAUACUUUCAUAAUACUUUUUUUUUUAGCACCUUUCAUACAAGGAAAGAAGCAGUAGAAGGUAAUUCACAGUCGGGGAAAAACCCAACAUGAAACUAAAAACGGAAAACAAAGGUGAACUAAAUACUAAAGUUCCAGAAGAAAUAGUUUGCUUGCCAUCUCUGCAGGAAAUACCUCUCCCUCCCUCCUCUCUCCUUUAUCCCAUCCAUUCCCAUUCCCCUUUUCCUUUCUCUUUUCCUUGCACACCCCAUACCUUCACAGGAUUCGAACAAUUAACAUUUACACAAUACAGCUGUACUAGUAAAACUCAACAAUACACAGCUGAUUAUCAAUAUUUUGUGAAAUUAAACAUCUACAAGAUUAAUACCAGGUUGUAGUCUAAAACAUAGUGUUCUAUAGAACCAGUGGACAGCUGCUACUAGCUAUCCACAAAAUGGUCGUGCCCAUAACCAAAACAAAGAUAGUAGUGCUCAUGUAAUUGAGCCUAGCUAAGGCGGCUAAACUACUAGCUGAGCCACCACAAUAUUCACCAGCUAAUAUGGCAAUGUGCUUAGAGUUAGCUGGCAGUCAGGUGCGACGCAUAUUUAGCCAGCAGGUUUGUAUUUCAAUAUUAACAGUAUUAGAUUGUGCUAGGUAAAACAAUGUUUAGUACAUAACAAGCUGUGCUACUCUUGCACUGGCAAGAGGCUCUCUACCUUUUCCAGCUGAUUUAGAGUUUGUAGUAAGUAGGAAACCUAGUUUUUCAGCAAGUUGCUACAAGUUUAUCCACUAUCUUGCUUAUUAUGGUUUUAUAUCAAGUUACGACUAAAUGGCUUUCUAUCUAUUUUAGCUGUAGUUAGCAAAUUAAUGCUCAAGCUUCUUUUUAAAUGACGGGAGUUUAUAGCAUGUUAAUACUUAGGACUACAAUAUCUCAGAGUAGAGGUAGUAAAUGUAGUUUGUCAUCAAGAUGGCAAGAAUUGGGCAAUUUUACUGUAUUUGCAUGGUAGCUUGCUAGCAAGUAUUAGACUCAGAACAUUCUUAGUUACCAUGGUAAUUAUUGAGUUUAUUUAGUGGCCAGUAUGGAAUUUUGAAGUGAAGUGAGCAUGCAUUUGCACUAAUAUGAGGCAAUGGAGUAUUUUUAAAGCUUUAAAAAGUAUAAAGGAUCUUGUUUAACUACAUACAAAUUAUGUAACAGGGGUCGGGAAGUUUAUGGUUGUGCAAUUUGGUAUGUGUAGCUUAAAAAGUCAGUUCAGAACUACUAUAAUAAUAAUAAUAAUAAUAGUUUUAGUAAAGAUUCUAUUGGAAAACAGUAGUUUAUGCCUUCCAUGAGGAGACUAAAUAUAUUAAAUUCAAACGUAUCCUUUCAAAUUCUAAAACAAAAUCUUCAUCACAUGAUGCACAAUGUACAUCUACAAACAGUUUGAACUGGUUCCACAGGUCUAUACCAGAUCAAGUUUUUGGUAGCAAGUAGCAUUAAAAUAUUACGCCUAGUUUAGAACUAAGACAUUCCUAAUACGAGCGCAAACUAUUAAGAUCUAAAUAUAAAAACCAAAUUUUGCCUUGUUCCAGUUUUAUUUAUGCUCAGAGGACAAUGCAUAAUCUUUUUUUUUAUUUCAGCGAACACAUUCUUCAAUACAUGCAUACAAAAAAUUUAAAUCACAGAGCUCGCUAUUAGAAUAGCUGAAGAACACCUUGUUCUCUACGUUUGUUAAAAUGGCUGAAGAUCACCCCUGACUCAAAGCCACGUUGCAUUAGACAGGCGUUCCGCAGUGAUGAGACCAAGGCCACACACUGUGAGCCGUUUCUCUCCUGCUUAAGCUCUCGGUUAUAUCCGAUUCGCUUGAUUCAGCUCCUAAUUGAGCAUAGGACCGGGGUUCAAUUUUAACAUGUCACUUAUUUUGUAAACGGUUUAUUAGACCUGGUGUACCAUUGUUCCGUAUGCAGUCAUCACCAGCCUAACUUUUUUUGCAGGUCUUGUGAAAUCUGGCUGAAUGACCUUCAGGCCACUGAAUGAGGUCAGUGGGUUCCUUGCCAUGUUAUUUGGUGAGAGAGGGCAAUUUCUCCCAUCAGUGAACGUCUUCCAACAGUAUCCUGAACUCUUAAGCAAUCUGUUGCAUGAUACCAAGGGCUUUACCUGGCCUCACACUACUCAUCUGGCGGUCUUAUCCUGGCCUGGUGGUGUGUCUCUCAAAUGUUCUCUAAACCUUGUUUUCGUUCUCGGAUAUUUGCCAGUAGUGUGCACAUCUUCAAAAUGCGCAUCAUUUUGGAUUUUGGGUAAUCUUCGUUUUUUUUGUUUGUUUUUU